AUUUACAAGAUCCUGGACAAUGACAAGUUAGAUGGUACGGUUAAAACUCAAGUAAAGGAAUUCAUCGAAAGAGAAAUGUCAAACAUUGCAUCCGGAGCAUCUUCUUAUUACUCAUCGUUGAGUGCAAUGGAUGACGAUGAAGACGGAUUGAUGGGAUUGGUCAGGAAACAAUUGAACGAGGUCCUCCAGGAACAACUUACAAAAAUGAUGGACGGAGCUAGCGCCGAUUAUGCACUGUACACUGGUGGCGCUCGAAUUAUCCAUCAUGCUACCUCACGUGAUUAUGAACAAUGGCCGAGCAAAGGGUACCAACGACUGUGGGGUAUGCUUACUCAUCGUAAUGUAAUAAAAUCCAACAGAGCCGAGACUGUGAUCACGCCUAGUAUGAACGUGGGAGAGUGCUGGUGCUUCAAUGGUACCGAAGGACAAAUUGCCAUACGGCUGUCUCGGAGUAUUGUGGUCACCCAGGUUACAUAUUCGCAUAUUAGUAAAGAGAUGGCGAUUGAUCCGGUGAGCAGUGCGCCUAAAGAGUUCGAGCUGUGGGGAGUGGUCGAUCAGUCGGAGGGCGAUGGUGCUGCCAUUGAUGAGGGAAAAGAUGAUAGUGGAUCCGAUAUAAUAAAUGACCAGGGACAAUUCUCGAAAAUCCAAUCGACACGAAAACAUGAAUUUGAAUUCCUCAAAGAUUUCAAUUUCUUCUUGGGUAAAUAUGA